UGCUCACAACAUGUCUUGACAGAUCCGCCACGAACAUGAGCUCAGGAUUUUAGGAACGGCACUGGAAGUGGAGCAUUUGUCAGAGGCUGAUUGAGAAGCAUAUGUCGGAAUGUGGGCGGCCCCAGAAAGGUGUUUUUAGCUCAACGUGACAAAUCGACCUGCAGGUUUCUAGUCAGUUGUGAGAAAAUCAAGGUGCUUUGAAGAGUUUCAAGUGUUCUAAUUGACUACUGAAAGAAACAGAGCACUGGACAAGAUUAUCAAUGAACCUAUAUAGGAAUUUUGGGAACCUCCUGGAGAGUUGGGCGACCGAAGGCCACCAGGAUUUAUACUUACAGCCUGGACCUGAUGUGGAUAGAUUAGAUUCCAUUUCUAGGGACUACGUCCCACUAUCCAAUAUAAAAUCCGAAUCUGAGGACUCUGGAUUUGAGACGGUUAGUACAACCAGUCCCUGUCAUUCUCACCAGUGUAGUACAUUGAUGUCUGAGGAAUCACAGCCAGUUUUUGGCUCUACAGAGGAUGAGGUUCGACCUUCAUCCCCGUCUCCUUCUAUUUGCUCCUCCUCGUCCUCAAGUGUCGAUCUCAGCUCUGUGGUUCGAAAAACGAAAUGUCUGCUGGUGGAGCAAGCUUUGAGAAGGACAGAAUCGCCCUCAUGGAGAAGACGGCCACAUCAGAUGAAAAGGGGGACCGCUGGGCCAUGGUAUUGCUCUAACACGGCCUCUUUCCCAACCAGACUUCACUCAAACAGCUCCAGGCCACAUCAUCGGUUCGCUUAUCCAAGAAGAACUCAUUCACAACCAUCAGAUCCCAAGAAAGCAGCACUGUACAGAAAACGCCUAAAAUUACACCGACAUGGCCAACCAGUGCACAGAACGUUUGAGCAGCUUGUGGACAGUGAUCAAUACAGGCUGGACAAGCUGUCUCCAGGGUUGCUGUACCUGGAGCAGGUGUGCAAGAUGCUGGAGAACAUUGCAAUGCUACAGCAGCAAAACUACAGCCUGCAGAAAGAGGUGGAGAACCUGAAGAGUCAGCAUGCUGAAAUGGAGUGUUUUCAGUGUGGAAGCUUACAUGAGGAGGAAAUAAGCUAUCCUACCAAGCAAGGUUUACAGAUUCUGGGUCAUAAAGAUCCAGCCAGUGUAUCGACUCACCCCCAAGAACCCAUUGUGUCUCUUCAAAGUUCAGUCUCUGGCACUCAGGCAGCUGCAGACCGUCACAGAAGAGCAGGGUUUGUUCAAGAUGAACCUAUUGCAGAAGUCUUAGUCGAGGAACCUGAUGGUAAAGAUCCUGUAAGUAAACACCACCAGCAAAGGAGCACAAAAAGCGGAGUAGAAUCCAAAAACUUAAAUUCACAUCCUUUAGAAGGCAGGAAACGCAACAGUCUGACAGAGAAAGCAAAAGCUUUCAGCCUGAGAGGAAAACAAGAACACCAAGCUUUUUCAGUAGGAACAGAAGUAUAACGACCCGUCUCUAACAUUAAUGCCACAUUGAUGCCUUGUAAUGGUGGCAUAUGCACACCUCCCAUUUACCUUGGUAUUAUAGCACUUUUGUAUGUAUAGCUUGUUUAAUCAAGUAUUUAAGGCUCACUUAAAUAAAGUACUGAGUAGUACUAAAAGUCUUUAUGUACUUAAUGGAUACUUUGUUUUGGGCAGUGAACUUUAUGCACUGUAUUUGUUAAUAUUGUAUUGUAUUUGCAAUGUAAAUUACUGUCAGUGUCAAGUUUUCAUUACCAGAUCCAUUCAUUGUAUGAUAGUUAUUUUCUCUUUUAUCAUGAUCUCUGUCUGUAAACCUUUGCUGCUAAAAGAAUUCCUUAUUUUGUAAUAGUUAGGUGAUUUCAUAACAAAUUGUUUAAUAUAAUAAAAUAUAUAUACACCACA